CCUCGCCUUCUCCCACCUUCUCUCCUUUCUUCGACGAAUUGCCCUGAAAAAAGGAAAAAGAAAAAAGAAAAAACCCUAGAAAGACAUAUCAGGAGAAGAAGAAGCGGAAAAUGAUGCUGAGAGUUGCAGGAAGGAGACUCUCUUCUCUCUCAUGGAGGCCGAAUCCAACCGCCUCCACUACCUUCUUCCUCUCUGGGAAUCCCGUGAACGGAGAAUCCGCUACUGUCGAUUCCAGAUCCACGUCCUCCACUAUCGAGUUCUCCCCCCAAUCUCCGUUUCGCGUACCGAUCAGAGGGUUUGCUUCUCAAACGCUUGUUCCAAAACAUGACAUGGGGAUCUCCGACAUUCCUGCGACAGUGGUGGCUGUGAAGAACCCCAGCAACAAAAUUGUCUACGAUGAGUAUAAUCAUGAGCGGUUCCCUCCUGGUGACCCCAGCAAGCGAGCUUUCGCAUACUUUGUCUUGACCGGUGGGAGGUUUGUGUAUGCCUCUUUGAUCCGCCUGCUGGUUCUCAAGUUUGUGUUGAGCAUGUCUGCUAGCAAGGAUGUCCUUGCAAUGGCCUCCCUUGAGGUCGACCUUUCCAGCAUCGAGCCUGGAAGCACGGUGACUGUCAAAUGGCGUGGGAAGCCUGUCUUCAUUAGGCGCCGCACUGAGGACGAUAUCAAGUUGGCAAACAGCGUGGAUGUGGCAUCCCUGCGUGACCCACAGGAGGACUCCGUGAGGGUCAAGGACCCGGAGUGGCUAAUUGUUGUCGGGGUCUGUACCCAUCUGGGCUGCAUCCCUUUACCCAACGCAGGAGACUAUGGGGGUUGGUUUUGUCCAUGCCAUGGAUCUCACUACGAUGUUUCAGGCAGGAUACGCAAGGGACCUGCACCAUACAAUCUAGAGGUCCCCACUUACAGCUUCUUGGAUGAGAGCAAGCUAUUGAUUGGGUGAUAAUUGCAUUCUAUUCAGAAGAGAACUGGGUUUUGGAUUUCAUAUUCUGUGCUAAGUGCAAGACCCUGCCUAUUUUGUGACCAAAUUUCAUAUGCUUUUUCUGUUUCACUUCUUUAUUUUCUCCUGGAUUUUGUGUAAGUGCCAGUGUUCUCUGGCCAUGAAUUCUGAAUAAUUCUGCUGGACAUGGGGGGACAUGUUUCUCA